AUGUGUUCGAGUAGUUUACAGGAAAUACAGAUUGACAGCUACACCCUCAGCUACGAGCCGGCAGACGGGACGGGCACGCCUAAUAACCUGGACCCCGCACCGGCAGCAGACGUCACCUCGACAACCGUGUCGGGACUGCUGCCCUACACAAGCUACAUCCUCACGCUCAACUCAACUGACCAGGGUCGGCAAAACGGACAUACCAUCGGGACUUUUAAGACAGAAUCAGCGAUCUCGGACCUGACCCUCGAUGGUGGAGGAAUGGACCAACUCGUUGUUUCAUGGGGAAAAGCUCAAGGUUCUCAGAUCUCGCGCUACAGCCUCAGCUACAAGCCGGUGGACGGGACGGGCUCGUACCGGGACCGGGAGCUGGACCCACCGGCAGCAGACGCCACCUCAGCUACCGUGUCGGGACUGCUGCCCGGCAUAAGCUACACCAUCACGCUCACUUCCUUUCAACCGUUGGGCAACGCUGGACGGCGAAAAAGAAGUGAGCAAGACCGGAAAAACGGAGUUAUCACCAGGACAUUCAGGACAGAGUCCGCUGUCGUGAACGUAGAGUGCGCGGAAGGAAUCAUGACCAUUGCCAUUCCGCGUGUGGCUCUGCCCGGUGUGGACGUGGACAGCAUGCACCUUCUGAACGCCAGCUGCGUCGCCACCGUGGACGACGACUUCGUCACCAUGGAGACACGCCUGGAGGAGUGCGGCACGCGGCGGCAGAUCUCAGGAGAAGACAAAUUCAUCUUCUCCAACGAGGCCAUCGCGGACGAGGUGAUUGACGGCAGCGGCGCGGUGAUACACCAGGGAGUCAGCCUGCCCUUCCAGUGCGAGUUCCUCCGUCAGUUCGACAUCACCCAGGGCGGAGACAUCAUGUUCGUCAUCCCGCCGCCAAGGUAG